GAGCACCGCAGGCUUCUCGAUUCGAUGCCGUGUACAGAUUACCCCGCUCAACAAUCCGACUUUAUAAAGCGUAAACAGAAAGGAACAGGCCAGUGGUUUCUAGACGCGAAUAAGGUAGCAAGAUGGCUCAGCGAAGCUAAAGCAACUCUUUUCUGCCCAGGAAUCCCAGGAGCCGGGAAGACCAUGAUAGCAGCCAUCGCGAUUGAUUAUCUUUUAAAGUCAACGCAAAAUAGCUUCUGUGGAGUCACUUAUGUGUACUGCAACUACAAAGCGCAGGAGGAGCAAGAUGCUACCAGUAUGCUAGCAGCUAUCCUUAGGCAGCUAGUGCAGGCUCGACCAUCGAUUGUAGAGCCCGUGGAGCGCCUGUACAGGCAGCAUACCGACCGAGGGACUAAGCCAUCACUCGACGAGUGUCAAGACGCCGCACGUCACCGGUUUCUAACCAAACUUCAAGACCUACAGGCAGUGCGAGACAUUCGCUUAAUGGUUACCUCGCGUUUUAUACCAGAGAUUGAAGAUAAGUUCAGGGCAGCACUAAGGCUAGAGGUGCAAGCUAGUGAGGACGUGAAGCGCUUUGUGGCUGGCCAGAUGUACCGACUGCCUAAAUACAUCCAGCGUGACGUUGCGCUGCAGCAAAUGGUGCAAGAAAAGAUCGCAGGCGCAGUGGAUACAAUGUUUCUUCUCGCUCGCUUGCACACAGAUUCUUUAUUAGACAAACGAACAGCAAAAGACGUAACGUUGACUCUAGCUGGACUCUCAAAAGGCUCGGUCACGCUCGAUCAUGCAUAUAAACAUGCCAUCCAGAGGAUUGAAGGCCAGCUAAGCGGCGGCUUUGAACUAGCCAAAAAGAUCAUAUCGUGGACUACAUAUGCAAAAAGACCAAUUACGACAGAUGAGAUAUCCUGCACCAUAGCGGUAGAGCCAGAAAAGGCGGAGCUUGACCAAGAGAAUAAACACGACGUUGAAGACCUGGUGUCUGUGUGCGCUGGCCUUGUCGUUGUUGAUCAAGAAAGCACCGUUAUCCGUCUUGUGCACUACACCACACAAGAAUACUGUGAGCGUAUUAGAGAUACAUGGAAUCCGUACGCUCAGAAGGAUAUCGCCACCACAUGCCUGACAUAUCUGUCCUUUGACGUUUUCAAAAGUGGUAGCUGUUCUUCUGAUAAGGAGUUUGAGUAUAGGCUCCAGCAAAACAGGUUCCUUCACUAUGCUGCGACGUACUGGGGAGAACACGUGGAAACUGUUGAAGGCGAGAUGCGUAGGCUAGCUUGCUCGUUUCUUUCAGCACAAUUUGGGCUGUCAAAUGUAUCAAAGGCCAUAAUGCAAAGCCAAGUUCGAGAAAUAGCGGCCACAGAAGAAAGAAGAGACGAGUCUGGUCAGACUCUGUUAUACCUCGCGGCGAAGAGCGGGCACAAUAGAAUGGUUGAGCUGCUGCCCAGCAAGGACGCCAACGUAAACGCGCAGGGUGGAAAAUACGGCAACGCGCUCCAGGCACCUUCAGCAGGAGGCCACGAGCAGGUUAAAGUCAGCUGCAUGCUUAGCUUAGGGGCCCCAUUCUUGUGGAAAGAUGGCCCCCUAAAGGUUACGUUGGAGGAAAGAUACGUAAUUUGA